AUGGACGUGCUCUGCAAGUAUGCCCCCACACCCAGUGGGUCGUCCAGCUUUGGCAUUCUCAUUCUUGAGCUCAUGACGGGCCGUCACGCCACCACCACUUGUCUCGACGUUCCUUCCAAUGAAGAGGCGGGCCAACAGCUGCACAACCUUCCCUGGGUCCAGCAGCAGCUGGCUCAAUCCGGCAGCAGGGCGGUCGUGGCAUGGCUGAAGCAAGCGCGCAUGGAGGCGCGGGAUGACUUGGUGUUGACGGUGGUGCAGCUGGCACUGCGUUGCACGUCUAAGCAGAGCGCCACGCGGCCAGCCAUGGGGGUGAUUGCAGCCGAGUUGGAGGCCGUGCUGGUGGCACUGGGCGGUGCACACAGAAAUGCCGGUGCCCGCCAGGUGGAUCUAGAGGUGGAGUCGCAGAAAAUGUCUGCUACGUGUUUGGAUACGGAGAUUGCUCGUCUAAAUGACAUGUUGUGA